AUGGUAGGCCUCGACCAUGAAAAGGAGAGCGUGAAGGGCGAGCUGGGUAAGCUGGAUGUACAGGAACAGAACAUGGGGUUUCUCAGCCCAACAACCACGCAGCAAAGUCAACGCGGUAAUCGGCCGCACGAGGGCAUUGAGGACGAGGGCGAUGAUAUUGUUAUCGUAAUGCCAGGGUCCCUCUCUUCGAGUUCCAGCUCUGCUUCUGUCAUUAGUCUACCAAGGGUCCAGCGGCAAGCUAUAUCUGCGACAUCUUUUGGGGAAAACACUGUCAUCAGUCCUCUGCUAAGUGAUAGCCGUGGUGUUCCAUCUCCUUCGAGUUCAGACUACAACUUGGAACAGGAGUCUCCCACAGCGACAGCUAUGACGGUUAUAGAGGAUGCGCGCUUUGCCACCACACCAUUUCUUGGUACUGAGGGCCCAUCACUGAUAUCCAGAAGCUCCUCCGUUUCUCAAUCCAGUGCGAGUUCGUCAUCUGGGAUCUCACUUUCCACCAACGACAUUCGUACACCCUUGAGUGGUCUCCCGAAAAGCGCACGACUCCCGUGGCCUACUCUUGUGGAAGACGGAUUUAGCACGAGCAGCAUUGGAAGUUCGGGAGGCAGCUCCACGGUAUCGUUGGCAGACCGUUCCUCUGCAACCGAAUCUACAGUCACCACGACCGCGUACCCUCCUCGUUACUCGGCUCAGGAAAAGGGAAAGGGAAGAGCAGUGGAUCAAGAGCCGAAAGGCGACCAAGAUAAUAAUCCAAUGACAGACGUGACCAACAACAGCCAGAUCAAACUCAAGAGCAUCAUGAAGAAGACCCGCAAAAGACACAGACGGGUCUCUGCCGAUAUUGAUGCGUGUACAAAACAUCGAGUAAUACAGGAGGAUGGAAUAUCACGAGAUUUUCUACUGCUUGUGACGCUAUGCAUUGGGUUUGCAUGCGCUGGAAUUCUUGUCGUGCGCCCGGCUUUGAGCAAGGCACUUGGUCGGAACGAGUACAACGAUGUAUUUGGAGCUGGUUUGGGUUUGUUCGAGGACUAA